AUGCCAGCCGAAUCCAAAGAUCAAAAGAAAAACGCGAUAGUUGAUGCAAUCAAGCCGACCUCGACAAUGAAUUCUGCUCAACCAGCCGCUCCACAUUGUAAACCGGCAAACAAAAUGAAAAGGAGAAAAACCUCAAAACAAGAAGAGAAGACUCCAGAACAACCAAAGAACACUGCCCUACCGAAAUCGCCAACCGCGAAAAAGAAACCAUCAGGCGGAGUAUUACCAGAAACAAAGGAUGAGAUAGCGAAAAAAGACAGAAACUUGGCAAAAAGCGGAAAAUCGGCACUUUCAUUCUACGGACGAAACGAUCUCUUGAACGAUGAUGCACUCUUGAAACAGCAGCAAGAAGCAGAGUCGAGUGGCGAUGAUCAACCAAAAGUCAAAGGGAGAGGUAGCGAGAUCGCGCAGGAUAAUCGAUCGAAAUGGGCACUCAAUUUGCUUGCAAAUCCAGAUGCCUAUCGAUCCAUCGGACGUGAAUUCUUGAAGAACAAAACUUACCAGGCCGCCAAUCCCGAUGCCACGUACUUUUGCGCAAAUAUGAACAAAAAUCGCUAUGGUGAUACCCGUUGUCUUGAUGUGACUCGAGUGAUUCUCAAGGGUCGUUCGCCUGAAGAUGAUUACAUCAAUGCAAAUUGGAUUCAUCUUGAUGAUGGAUUUCGUUACAUCUGCACACAAGGACCAAUGGAGGAGACAAGUGAAGAUUUUUGGCACAUGAUUUUCACCGAGAAGGCACUGGUGAUUGUGAUGAUAUGCAAUUUUAUUGAGAGCAACGAAGAGAAAUGUUACAGAUACAUCAAUCCGUCAAAGAAACUCACGUUUGGUCCAUUUAAAGUAACUCAUCGCGAAAAAAAGACGAUUGAGGGAAUCGGGGAAGAGAUUAGCUUGAAUUGCUUUGAGAUUGCAAAAGAAGGCGAAAAGGAGCCGCACACGAUUCAUCACUUUCAAUGCACUCAAUGGAACGAUCACACAGCGCCCACCGAUCCCCGACCAUACGCAAUAUUGCUAAAGAAAGUGCGCGAGCUUGGUGGAAAAGAUGGCCCCGUUGUAGUGCACUGUUCGGCGGGAAUUGGACGUUCUGGAUCGUUUAUCAUGAUGGACUUGGCUUUGCAGAAAAUCGCUAAAGAUCCGAAGACAAGCUUGAUUUCGGUGCUGAAAGAGACUAGGAAUCAGAGAGCCUCGGCUGUACAGGGAAUCCUUCAGUAUCUCUUCAUUCACAUUGUCGUCCUUGACACUCUCGUUUUGAGUGGAACAAUUUCGAAAGAUGGCCUAUAUCAGAAGCUUCUCUCCAAAUAUCGAGGUGGACUCAAAGCAAUGGAGGCAAAACAAGCGAAGAAAAAGGAGGAAAAGGACAGGGAUGAGAAGGGGAACAAAGAGGAAAAUAACAACAACAAUAACGCUGAUGGAAAAUCGACAAUGUGUGUGUCUGGGAUUGCCUCGGGGGAGAAACAU